GGCAGCGACAAUUGAAUAAAACUCAAUAUCAUCUGCGCCUUUUUUGGCGUCUUUAGCCUUUCUAAACAUCGCCACAACUGCCAACUUGGAGCACUGCCACACGCUCGCGCUUCGAAAUGAGCAAAAACCACUUCUGAGUUCUGACACCCACCACCGUAGCUACCGUCAUCAAUUUCUCAUCCUUUCAGUCAACCGUGGUGAGUCCAUGGCUACUCCGUCUUCCCCUCCUCCUUCCAGUCCUCCCGAUGAGAAACCCCAGAAUCUAGCUUCAGAGCUGGCACAACCAACAAAUGAGAUUCAACAACAUGCCAGGGAAGAGGCUCCUAAACAAAGUUCGCCAUCUGUCUUUGUGAACUCGGAACCUAUGCGAGAGGAGCAAGUACAGAAUGCUGUAAAAUUUCUCUCACACCCAAAAGUUAGGGGUUCUCCUGUCAUGUAUAGGCGAUCCUUCCUUGAGAGGAAGGGCCUUACGAAGGAGGAGAUUGAUGAAGCUUUUCGUCGUGUGCCAGACCCACCUCCAAGCACACAAGCAACUGGUACAAAUCAAGAGGCGCAAGUGAUAUCAACAUCAAAUGUUCAGCCACCUGCCCAAACACAAGCUCUUCAGCCUGCAGCAGCUGCUCCUACUGGUGCCAUUUCCUCUGCGGGAACUUUAAUGCGAUUCCGAUUUCACUGGUAUCACAUUGUUUUUGCUGUAGGAUUACUGGCAGCUUCAGGUGCUGGAACAACUGUAUUAAUUAAGAAUGCUAUUAUCCCUAGAUUGAAGUCUUGGAUACGUAAGGUUAUAUUGGAAGAAGAAGAAGAAGAAAAAGAAGACCCUGUGAAGAAGGCUAAUGCAAAACCAAGUUUGGCGGAAGAGGCGGCAGCGGCUGCAAAGGCAGCAGCAGCAGCAGCUGCUGAUGUUGCAAAAGCAAGCCAAGAAAUGUUGAAUUCAAAAAGUGAAGAGAGAAGACACUUCAAGGAAUUUAUGAAUCUUUUGGAUGUGCAAGUUCAGGAAAUGAAAUCAAUGAGCACCGCAAUACGAAAAUUGGAAGGACAAACUAAUAACCUUGGAAGAACCUCUCUUGUUGAUCAAGAAGAUUAUACACCUUCAGUGGCAAAUCAUCCUAAGCAAACCUAUGUGAAUGGGAAGGCCGAGUCUGAUUCACGCUCAGUGAGAUCUUUAUCUGCCCCUGCAUCUGCUGAACCCUCUGUUGCACCACACCCGAAGUCAUAUAUGGAGAUCAUGGCAAUGGUCCAAAGAGGAGAGAGACCUGCUAACAUCAGAGAUAUCAAUGAUCAACCGCCCAACCCUAACCAGCAAAUUUCAAAUACUCGCUUAGCACCAAAGAGUAAGCCUUGGGAGGCUAGUAAAUCCCUAAACAAUUCAAGCCAAGCUCUCCAGUCUCAAGUAAAUGGAGAAGAUUUGAAUUCCAAGGUACAAGACAAUGGUGUGACCUAUCAGUUUGAUGGUGAGAGUGCCAUACCUUGGUGGCAGCGGAAGAAUGCCAGAAUCACAGAGAUUGAAAAUGAAGAUGAACUCAAGGAUGGACAUUAUGGUGCACGAACUAAUGAGCAACCGAUUCAGCGUACAUGGGUUCCUCCCCAGCCACCCCCUGUUGCAAUGCCUGAAGCAGUGGAAGCCAUCCGACGGCCAAAAUCAUCAGUUCAGAAAGAACAGUUGGCAGAGGAUCAAUCUGUGUCUCAUUCAACAGAUGUAACAGAUGAGUUGCAGAGGAUAACAAAAAUAUCUGAAUCAGGGGGUGCAGUGGAGGUCAAUGGUGGGGGAUUAGAGCCGAACUCAAUUGAGAUAAAGGAAGUGCAAGAACACAGCUCUGAAGAGAACUGAAGGUGGAAUUCAAUUUGGAUGAUCAGCUUGGCCAAAGUUACAGCGACUUAGUGAUAAUGGACGCUUGUGUGUGGCCAACCAUGCAUUUUUGGUGAAUCAAAGGAUUUUCUGAGUGGAAAUUCAAUAAUUCAUCCAGCCUCGUUGCCUUUGUUUUGCAGGUUAAUCCCUAAUUCGUUUUUCCAGUAACUAAGUUGAACAACUUCCCCUCAACAUGGAAAAUUUUCUCUGGGGAAGAGAUGAUUUUCAUGCUUGAAUCAGCUAUUUCCAUGUACUAACCCUAAUUCUCUACAACUAUUUUCGAUGAAUGUCGACAUUUCAAUUUAUAAUCAUAUGCUAUAAAAUAAAUAUUCAAUAUUA